GCCACACUUCUUAACUCAAACAUAUGUUCAGAGCCGACAAGGGGGUUAUAGCGUCGGUAAAAAUAGCAUAGACAGCAAAUAACUUUAACGUGCCGUGGAAAUAGGUUUUCUAGCUAAGUAACGUCGAGUAAACAAAUGUGGUGGACCGGUCGAAUGUGCGCAAAUGUGUGUGGCGUAUGGUAGCCCACCGUAGAACUUAUUGAACAUCCGCAGAAAACUGGGAAAAGAAUUGACGGGACGGCCACGGCAUAAAGCAAAGUACAAAUCUCAAUUACGAUGAGUGUCUCGCGGAGCGGUAACACGACGCUGGAUCUGGAGCCACUACUGGACGAGAGCCGUGACGACAGCGAUGCGGAUAAUCAGAAAGGAGAAGCCACAGGCGGAGGUGCCCUGCUGAAUGGCUCCUCCUCGAAGGAGCCUCGCGCCACCGGUGUGGGGCACCGGGAUAGAGAGCGCGAGCGGGACGAGUCAGCCGUGUUCAUUAAGAAAAUCAGCAGCGCAGUGUUCUACGGACUGUCCUCGUUCAUGAUAACCGUGAUUAACAAGACAGUGCUCACGUCCUACCGCUUUCCUUCGUUCCUGUUCCUCAGCCUGGGCCAGCUGACUGCCAGCAUAGUGGUCCUGGGCAUGGGCAAGCGGCUCAAGCUAGUCUCGUUCCCGCCGCUGCAGCGCAACACCUUCGCGAAGAUAUUUCCACUGCCACUCAUCUUUCUGGGAAACAUGAUGUUCGGCCUGGGCGGCACCCAGUCCUUGAGUUUGCCCAUGUUCGCUGCCCUGCGCCGCUUCUCCAUACUGAUGACCAUGCUGCUGGAGCUGAAGAUUCUCGGGUUGCGGCCCUCGACGGCGGUGCAGGUCAGCGUGUACGCGAUGAUCGGCGGGGCUCUGGUGGCCGCCUCCGAUGACCUGUCAUUCAACAUGCGCGGCUACAUAUACGUGAUGAUCACGAACGCGCUCACCGCCUCGAACGGGGUGUAUGUGAAGAAGAAGCUAGACACGUCGGAGAUCGGCAAGUACGGCCUGAUGUUCUACAACUCACUGUUCAUGUUUCUGCCGGCCCUGGCCCUCAACUUUUUCACCGGCGACCUGGAGCAGGCCAUAAACUUCAGCGAGUGGCACGACCCUGUCUUCGUGACACAGUUCCUGCUCAGCUGCGUCAUGGGAUUCAUACUCUCGUACAGUACCAUAUUGUGCACGCAAUUCAACUCGGCCCUGACGACCACCAUUGUGGGGUGCCUGAAGAACAUAUGCGUGACCUAUCUGGGCAUGUUCAUUGGCGGCGACUAUGUCUUCUCGUGGCUCAACUGUAUCGGCAUCAAUAUAAGCGUGUUGGCCAGCCUCCUCUAUACGUACGUGACGUUCCGCCGGAAACGGUCGCCCGAUAAGCAAAGCCACUUGCCCAGCAGCAACCGCGGGGAGAAUGUCUAGCUUCACACAGCUUUAGCUCCAACUCAAGCCAAAGCCAUAUAAAUAUAUGUUUACCAUAUAUCGUAUUUUCGUAUCUUCCCCCACAAGCGCAUCGUAUCUGUACAUAUAUAAAUAUAUAUAUAUACAUAGUUAUGUAUCUAACGAGUGUAAUUACUAAUUAGCAAUUAUGUAAUUUUAAUCACUUUGUACAUUUUUCCAUGCAACUGUUUUCUGCAUCAAGAGUGUCAUAAGUAAUAGAAAAUAUACACAGACAUCCGAGAUACUCCUGCUUCGUCUCGUUAUCGUCCCGUACCGUCUCACAGUGGAAAUGUGGGAAAGAUAA